CCCUCCCUUUUCAACCGAGGAAGAGUUUGCGAGCGGAGCGCUUUCCCCAAAGCUUCCCCGGCAGCUGUUUGUAGCGGAGCGCAGCCGGGGCUGUUUUUCCCUGGGAAGGCAGCUAAGGAGGGCCAAGGCAGCCUCUCCUCCGGCUCUUCCACCCCCCACCCCUCCACUUCUCUUCCCCAUCAGCCGAGCGAUGGCGGCGGCUCUUUCGGGCGCUGCUCGGUGAAAAUCCGCGCCCGGAGCCAGCGGCGGCUCGGUCCCCACGACCGAACGAGCCAAGAUGGGAUGUUGCACCGGGCGCUGCACUUUGAUCUUCCUCUGCACUUUACAGCUGCUUGUUGCUUUAGAGAGACAAGUGUUUGAUUUCCUAGGCUACCAAUGGGCUCCAAUUCUGGCCAAUUUCCUCCACAUCAUCAUGGUAAUCCUGGGCCUUUUUGGGACAAUCCAGUACAGACCACGCUACAUUGUGGUGUACGCCAUCUGGACGGCUGUUUGGGUUACCUGGAAUAUUUUCAUCAUCUGCUUUUAUUUGGAAGUUGGCGGCCUUUCGAAGGACAGUGAGCUUUUGACGUUUAACAUCUCCCAACACCAGUCGUGGUGGAGUGAGAACGGUCCAGGUUGCGUAAGGAAGGAGACGCCCAUGGCCGGCAUCAAAGGUCUGGACAGCCAUUCGUACGUCUCGGUCAUCGGUUGCGCGUUGGAGUACCGUUACAUCGAAGUCAUGCACAGCGCCCUGCAGAUUCUGGUGGCGCUGGUGGGAUUUGUGUACGCCUGUUACGUUGUCAGUGUCUUUACAGAAGAAGAAGACAGCUUUGAUUUCAUUGGUGGAUUUGACCCAUUCCCUCUCUACCAUGUUAAUGAAAAGCCUUCCAAUCUUUUGUUCAAGCAGACGUACCUGCCUGCAUAAAUGACAAGGAUCCAGUGACUGGAUAGGCGGGAAGCAUCCAUCCCCAUCCGAAAUGCCAAAUGUUCCGCCGGGUACUGUUGGCAGCCAAGGAAUGGGAGAUGCCUUCCAGGUGAAAGAGCACGACACCUCCAUGGGAUCACUAUCCUCUACUUGGUGCUUCAGGCUUGCUGGCAUCUGCUCAGACAAUGCCUCAUUAGUGGAUUUCUAGGUUUUGUUAUGAAUGAAUGAGUAUUUCCUUCUUUCUCUCUCCUCCCCGCCCAAACCCUACCUUCACUCCGUUGGGAUUAUGAAGAGAACAUUUGGAAAAUGCAUAUUUGGCUCUUUUCUUCCGUAUGACAAUGAAAUUGCAUCGCCUCUGGAUAUUUGGAGGCAUAAACUUUUGUUAUUAUCAAUGGACUACUUCUCACUCCCCUUUCAACCUCCUCACCUACCCUGAACCAUCUCAACUUUGUGGUUUCUAUUAAUGGACAAGCUGUUAAUUAAAAUUAUCUGUAUCUGGGAGUUC